GAGGGAGGGAGACCAUGGUGCAAUUUAGCCUCAAGCUCGAGGACAAUCGGGUGGACAAGUGGUCAUCGCAGUACUUGGACUACCGGAAAUUGAAGAAGGCAAUCAAGCAGAUAGCUUCGCAUCGAAAGACGGCCGCUCUUGUUGCUCAGAGGACAUUGGGUUGUUAG